UGCAGCUGUAGUCUGAGCAUAACCUCCACAUGGACUUAUGAACUUAGAAUGUACAAUCCACACCUCUUAAGCUCCCACUCAACACACAGGAGGGAAAGUGAAAUUACCUCAAAGACCAGCUGAAAAAACAAGAGCAGAUGUAAACAGAGAUGACUACACUGCAGCCGCUGAUCCAAGCAGGGGCGGGAAGGACACUAACCAGAGCGGAAUUUCACUCUUUGAUAAACACAUAUAACUGGUUCCUGAAAGACCAGACCCAACUGCAUUUAAACUACUCUCAGGACAGUGACGGGGACGUGACUGUGGAGGGCUUCUUGAACAUCUCAUGGGGAGUGACCCGACCAAUCAGGCUGCAGAUCCAGGACGACAAACAGACCCUCCCCCUGGCUCCUCUGGUCCAACCAGAGCUCAGCAGCCCUGUCAGUCCUGUCUGUCCUCUGGGGAACAAAAGAGGGAUGACACGAUGGGGAGAAUAUUCUGACCUACACCAGAUCGAUGAGACACAUGAAACUGUGAUUAGCAAUGUUCCACCUCCAGCCCCAGUCCCUUAUGAAACGACCACGCUUCGUCCAAUCAAACACAAGCACAGUGAGCUGGAGGCGGAGUCGAACCUGUUCCGCUGCAGGAGUGACGCCUCAUUGGUCAAGAUGAGGACGAAAGGCAAGUCUGCAGAGCAGAGAGAGAAAGAACGCCAACACCGCUUUUCUAUCAACGGACACUUCUACAACUAUAAGACAUCCAUUUUUACUCCAUCCCACGGCACAUCUACUAAAGUCCGAAUAAACAGCAGAAUGUCCACACACCAGGUCAUAGAACAGUUACUGCACAAGUUCAAGAUACAGAAUGACCCAGAAGAAUUUGCUCUGUACUGUGUUCACCAGAGUGGAGAAAAGAGGAAGCUGUGUAACAAAGACCAGCCGCUAUGGGAGCGUAUACUGCAGGGGCCCUCAGAAGACAUCAUGAAGGUCUUCCUCAUGGACCGAGAGGAGGAGGAAGUCAGCAACGACGUGGCCCAGUAUUUGAACCUGGAGCUGCACAUUCUGGAGCACGUGCUUCUGAAGCUCAGAGAAGAGGAGAGCAAAGAGAUCGAGAGGGUCAUCAGCAAGUACCAUCACCAGCACAGGCUCCUGUCCCAUAUCCUGAGCAGCAAGCUGUCCCCACACAUCGAGACCAGCGUCUGAUAUAAAUAUACAACAACAAAGACUUUUUUAGGAAGAGAAAUGGACACAGCUGAACGAAACAAGUUUGCAUCAAAAUUGACACCAUUUAUAAAGACUUUUUUUUUUUACCUGGAGAGAAAAUGAAAAAGACAUUUGGAAGUACUACAUUUGGUCUGAUACUCGCUUGUCUCCAUGAAGAUGCUAUUCCUUUCCCUGGAAUAUCCCACAGUAUGACUUUAAAGUGUAUUGUAUUUAUUUAGUCCUGUUCCUAUUAAUCAAAAAUAGCUUGAAAAACAUGACUUUUUUUACCGUGAGUGGGGUCGCCUCUCCACAGACCUGACCUGUGACUAGGCCUGACAUAUUUUGAAGUUCAAUUUAUUACUGAAGAAAAUAUAGAUGAUAAACGAUAAUACUGAAACUAUUUUAUGCCACUGUUUUGUAUGUUUUAGUUUUUUUAAAGUUAAUUUCUUUAUGCAUUCUUUAUAUCAGUGGUGGAAGAAGUACUCAAUUUUGUUACUUGAGUAAAAGUAUAUAACAGUAUUGAAGUACCUGUUUAAAAAUGUACUUAACAAGCAAAAGUAAAACUAUUUCACGCAGAUGUUGAGGUCUUAUAAGGCUAAUUUAUGCCACUGACACCAAAAACAUGAGCAGAUUUAAACCACAAAAACUAUUCUAAAUCUACAAUAUUGUUAAAAAAUCAUGAGUUGCAAUACAUCUCCAUGGAUACAAGCAGGUAUUGUGGACCUUUCACCAGAAAAGUUGGAUGGUGCGCCUUUAACAAGCCAUUUGGGAAUAUGUGUUUUUGUAAGUAUUUAUACAUUUUAAUGGGAUGUUAUUAAAGACUUUAUUUAAAUGUG